GUGGGUAGCGGUUAAAAUUUUUGAAAGUUGAAUCUGAUUAAUUUUCGUAUUUUUGUUUGGGUCUACCAAAAAUUGCAGAUAUGAAAUGUGAAUCAGUCGUCUGAUAAAAAGUAAUAAUAUCUAGAGAAGAUCGAAUAUUCUGAAAUUAAUAAACAUUAAGCUCAGUAUUAUUCAAAAUGAAUUCAGAAAAGUUAAGUGGCGAAGAAGUGCCUUAUAAAUUUUCAGAAUGGUUGUUGGAAAUGGGAUGUCCUGCUGAAAAAGUACCAUCAAUCGAGAAAAUAUCACAGAUGUGCCGAGGCCAAUAUUAUAUGGUUUGGCGAAGUUUAAUUGAACAUGUGCAAUCGAAACAAAUUAUUCGACAGAGAAGAUUACAAGUUUUUAUAAACGACCUUACUAAGUGUAAAAAACGAAGCCCAUUCAAUGAGAGGAAUCAAGGUGUGGUAGAACCUCUUGAAUUGACUCUAUGGAACCAACAAGUGGAUGUGAGGAAAAAGCUGAAUGACGCAGAGGCAAGAGUGAAACAGGCCCACAGUGACCUAAAAAAUCUCUUGGACAAAAUAACUAGUAAAGUGGCUGAGAGGAAUUUAUCACAGCAAAAAGUGAAGGAUCUGCAGAGGCGAGCUUGGCUCUUGCAGCAGAUAUAUGAAGACUUGGAGUGUAAGAAGAAAAACUUGAAUGAGACAAAACAUAUUGCUGACUCCAUUUGUUUUAUCGGUGGUGAGGAUGAGGUUCAGAAUAAAUUGGAAAAAUGCAUGUCUCUAUUAAAAAGAAGCAGUCCUUCCCAACUGGGAAGCAACACAUCCGUGAUGUCAGCUCAUGAAUCAGAUUCUGAGGAAACAAUAGCUUCACUAGUGAAAUGCCGCGGCGACGCUCUCUGGGCGCAGUUGUAUGAGAAACGGGCGGCACUCGUCUCACAGCUAACAACUAUCAACACUAAACAUGAAGGAAAUACCCUUAAAAAUAAAAAUACUCCACAGUCCGUUUUAACGUACACUGCUGCACUGCAUAGCAGCUUAGCGCUGGAAAGUGUGAAAAACCAACUGCUCAUAAAACAGGCGAGGGCCAAGCUCACCGCAUCUGUUGAAAUGCUUGAUAAUUGUUUGGCAGGCGAGGCGUGUGAGUUAUUAGUGUUACGCUGUGAGAGAGCUAGGUCAGAAGCCAGGGUUAACACGCUCAGGGCUCUCUUGGACGACUUAACGUCCAGAUCUGGCGCGUUUAGAGCCCACGGCGACGACACGACCGACGACAGCCGUACGACUGUACGACGUAUCGGUAUCCUUGAUAAAGACAUUGAAGAUACAAGAGAUGAAAUAAAACGAAUGAAAGAAUCUCUAAUUAUGACGGAGCGGAAAAUAAACAAUGUGAAGGAGUGCCUGCUCGCCGUUUUCAACGGGUUCCAUUGUGAUGGCGCACUUGAGGAUAGAUUUAAAGGUGUACAGUUAGACUUUCCACAAGAGUCAAUAUCAACAUUGCGAAAGUUCUACACGGAGCGAUGCGAUAAGGCGAGAAACAAAACCAACCUGAGUAUGAGCCUUGACGUCUCUGAGACUUCAUUUGUCGAUGAAAAUAACCCAAAAUUCACAGACGAGUUGAGAGUCUAUUUGAAGAAAUUCAACCUUGAGAAAAAUAGGAAGAUCGUUUUGGAAAGCGGCGAUAAAAUAUGGAUUUUCGAAACGUUGCAAUCAUGCUUAUCGCGCUUACAAGAAGUGUGGUUGGAGAGAGACCUCACGCCAGUCAUUUGUCCGUCUUCUAAUUUGAACCAUAAUGUUUUCAUGAUGUUUUCUUAUGUUCAACAAAAGGACCAAUUGAGUGGGAUAUUGCAAGCUUUGAGUACGGGAGGAAUUUGUAAUGUAGAUAUAGAUAUCACAGACAAAACAGAGGCUGAAGAGAAAAACAUAGACAAAAUAAAGAAACAAAUAGCAGAGAACAUGGCAGUCUUGCAAAGAACGAAAAAGAACUUGGAAAUAGGACAAGGGAAUCUCGAAUUCUGGUCUGAUAAUGUGAUGAAGACAUAUGUUUCUCCAAACAGAACGAUAAAUGGAAAGUCUUUUAGAGAUUACGAGGCAUUUUAUAUUGAAGCUGUUAAUUUACAUGCUUAAUAAAUAAUAUUCAAUAUGUUA